AAAUUUCUCACCAAGCGGGGCAGAUUAGAUUCGGAUGGAUUUCGAUUUUUCGAGGAGCGAAUGAGAAGGGCGGCUGGACUGCACACUUGACGGCUUAUGGUUGUUGGGGAUCCCAAUGGCACCGACUUGCUUGCACAUGCAAAAAAGCGAAGCCAGGCCGGGCCACGUCUCACCAGGAGCCGGGGGGUUGAUACGCAGGAUGCUGGGAUUCUGCGGUGAUUAUGGGCAUUGAGCCUGUCAAGGCCUGUCAGAUGUCAGACUGUGGUGACGCUGGAUGGAUGGAUUGGGAUGGGACAUGGACAGGCAGAGAACAGCCCGGGUAUAUUAUUUGGGCAUCAGGGGGAUGAAGAUUCAUCUGCAUUUCUGCAUUUCUUUAGGCUCUCGACUCAAUGGGGAGCAAAUCAACAAAAUACACGUAUAUACGUACAUACCUCAUACAGACAGGCAGACGCCGAUGGGCCGACCAAAAUUCAACUACUAGCACUAACAGAAUCUCUCGCUCUCGUACUCGUAUAUACUUACUUGAUUCCUUGGGCCUCACUCAGUCGGCCUAAUCGCCGUGUGUCCUGUCUUACUUACUGUUACGGCGAUAUUUCGUCCUUCUGCCGCAUCCUGCUGGUCCCCUAUCGGUGCUUUUCCCCUUCAGGAUUCCCCGCAUGCAUCCUGCGUAUCAGCAACAGGCCCAGGGGGAAAAGCCCCGAAUUUCGUUAUAAGCAAUCAGGAAGGUCCAAGAAAAGGCGAGGUGAUCAAUUGCAAUAGAUAUGAAGCCAAAGGGCGAGAGAUAAACCGUUUGCUAGUAUGGCACACCAGCAAGCAGUCAAGAUAUGGCAGAAGAAAGAAAAAAUUACCUAGGUAAAGAAGAAAAAAAGUUCACAGUGGUAUCUACCUCAACAGCAAAAUACAAGUCGAAGCCGUAGAAAUCCUUC